CUUAAAGAUUUGAUAGGGGUUCAAACACUUCCCACAAGAACAUGGUCCCACUCAUUUGGAGUUUUAUAUCAACCCGUCACCUAAAGGUCCUAUUAAGAAAAUUAACGUUAACGUCAGCUAUAAUCAGAAUAUUGAGGGGUUUGAAUAUUUCUGCUGAUAGAUGUACAUGUAAAAACCAGAUAAGUGAGUUCCGUUUUCCAUGCAGUAUAAAAUUGAUACUUUUUCCAGUUUUUAUAAUGAGCCUAGAAAUCUGCAAUACCUUUCAGUUCCGCUAGACUGUUCUUCAGCCUAAGUCAAAACCAGUGGAGCGUGCAUGUUCGCCUGACCGGCAGUUACGUUUUGAUAGGGACGACGUCCUGCAUAAGUUCAUUGCGUGCCUAUGUUGGAAGCCAUUAGUACAAAACCAGUUUGUCGUAAACCUGAACAGACGUGCCAAUACGAUUUCUACAUUCUCAAGCGCGUUUGGCUGUUGGCUUUACCGCGAUUUGAUGGCGACAUUACGAAAAAGAACGAACUGUAGGACGGAAGUUGAAGAAAGUUCUGAUAUGCUGUACCAUGGUGCCUCUACUGCUCCAAUGCCUUGCAAAGUGGACGCAUUUCGGACAAAACCCAAGAACAGCUCUCUUGCUAGGAAUGAUCUUCAAUGACAUAGGGCUAUGGUAAGAAUAUAUCGCUACAGCCGAUACACAAGGAACUAACUUAAUUCGAACAAUCGAAUUCGAAUCAUUGAAAGAACGACCGGUAUUCUUUUAUUCUCCACUUUGCCACACGGAGCUGUAGCGACAGGAAUGGCGGAUGUGUCUUGGGCAAGCCAGCCCCCUCAUCACGUGCGGGCUAGUAGUGCGAGUCAAGCGGCCGAGGCGGACCACUGCUAUGUCGGCACUCCCGGCGCAAGGUGUACUCGGGACAAGGAUCGGCGGAGCAACAAAAAGUCCUACACCACGCCCAAACAGAGCAAAUCUGCAAGGAAAUGCCACACACCAAGGUCACUUCAGCUGAACUUAGCAGACAUUUGCGAGGGCAUCGGUGUUGCUGACAACUUUCCCAACAAGCUGAAGAAACUGGUGGACAGUCCCGACUACAGCUCCAUCGUCUGGGACCAAGAGGGUAAAGGUGUCGUCAUCACGGAGUUGGACUUUUGUGAUGAAGUUCUAAAUGAAACUUGCCACGUGUUCGAAACAACAAGCUUCAAGAGUUUCGUCAGGCAGCUGAACUUGUACGGCUUCCGGAAGAACGUUCCCGGCUGUGACAGGUCAAACAGCAAGGAGGUGCACACAUUCUACCACAGGUGGUUCACCCGAGACAACACCGUUCUGCCUUGGGUCGUGCGCAGGAAGAACACCAAGACGUCUCCUCAGGACAGCUCUUUUCUUUCUACCGAUACACCUUCGAGCAGAAGCUUUCACUGCGAACAAGACGUUUCACCUGAAUAUGAGAAUGACCAACCUACACCGAUCUACCGCGAGGACCGAUGCCUUCCCUCCAUGUCCCGACACUAUCUUCCCAUCUGGUCACCUGUGGCUGACCGUUUCCACCGUUAUGCAGCAGCGACAUCUGGUGGGAAGCCUCGAAACACCAAGCGCACUCCCCUCGGCCUGCUGGACACAAAUGCCUGGCCUCCACGAUAUGCCAAGCAGCCCGCAUACCUACCUCCACGGCGUCUGUCUAAGUCUGCAGCUCUUCUCCAAAGCUGGUCUUGUGGAGAGGUAGACAGGGAGGGCAACCUAGCGGAUAAACUUUAUUACAACAGUCUCAACGCUGAUGCCGAACCUGACUUCAACUGGUCAUCUAACGUCUUCAGUUUUGAAGUAGGACGCAAAGAUGACGUCGACGACAUCUACUCAGCGUCGUUCCUAAGCAACGGCAGUGACGUCAACCAAGCCAAUGUUGCCUUUUCUCUAGCACCAGACGAAAGCCUCUUGAGUGAAACCAGUUUCCUUAACUCCAGUGGUGAGAUAUCUCCGUGUUAUCAGCAACCCCACGCCCAACCAGAUUACGUAAUACCCGCGACCUUGGGUGACCCCGAGUCCAUCAUACGGGAGGUGUUGGUCUCACUGCCCAUGCCUCAAGUCACCGAUGAUCAAGACAGGGCGCAUGCGUGGUUGGUCUCUAAGGCGCGGGAGACUUUGGAGAAAAUGGCUGAUGCCCUGUAAUGAGAUGACAUCAUUCUUAUCAUACUCAGCGUUUCAGAAACGUAACAACAGCAUUUUAACGGAUAGAAUGGGACUGUUGAGAUGGAGUCCACGUAAAAUCUAAUUUAUUGCUUCAACUUCGUAUGCAUAUAGUUGUGCUGAAGCUAUCUUCCUUCUUGAACUAAGGCGAUCACUGCCGUAGUAACGCAAUAUUUGUUAUACAUAUUUAUUUCAAAAUGUAGUAUUAUGAUAUAAUAGAACAGAAUGUAGCAUAUAACAAUAGAAUGUAAUGUAAAUACAAAAAUGUAUGAGGUGAAGUCCGAAUUAGUUGCUUGAAUAUAAAUACAGCUAUCAUAUGAA